GCCUACGAUUUGGCCUCUGCACUCAAGUAUCUGCAUGAUCUCAACAUCAUUUACCGCGAUUUGAAACCGGACAAUAUUGGUUUUGACGUACGCGGCGACGUGAAAAUUUUUGAUUUUGGACUAGCCCGGGAGUACGAUCGCAGCAUAUCCACAUCUGCCGAUGGCACGUACAAAAUGACGGGUGAUACGGGUAGUCCCCGGUACAUGGCCCCGGAAGUGGCGCUCGAAAAACCGUACAACAAUUCCGUCGACGUUUAUUCGUUCGCUAUUUUGACGUGGCAAAUACUGGAAAUGGCCAUGCCGUUCGAAGGC